AUGAAACGUUUAUCACAUCUUCGAGCUUGUUUUAAUGAUAUUGGUGUUGAAGGGGCUAAACACAUCAGUCAAUUGAAACAAUUAACUUUUCUUGGAGUGAGUGGUAAUUUUGUUGGAGUGGAAGGAGCCAAAUACAUUAGUCAAUUGAAACAAUUGACAAACCUAGAUAUUUGUUUUAAUAAUAUUGGAGAUGAGGGAGCAAAACACAUUAGUGAAUUGAAACAAUUGAAAAAUCUCAAAAUUGGAAACAAUUACAUUGGUGUUGAAGGUGCCAAAUAUAUUAGUCAACUGAAACAUGUAACCAAGCUUUCUAUUAGUUAUAACAAUGUCAGAGUUGAGGGGGUUAAAUACAUUAGUGAAAUGAAACAAUUAACUGAUCUUAACAUUGGUGAGAAUGUAAUUGGUGAUGAAGGAGCUAAACAUAUUAAGAAAUUGAAUCAAUUGACUAGAUUAAGUAUUUCAGGUGUUGAAAUAAGUGAAGCAGGAGCUAAAUACAUUUGUGAAAUGAAACAAUUAACACAGCUCAAUAUUAAGAAUAAUAACAUUGGCAAAAUAGGCAAGGAAUAUAUCUGUACUGAACUGAAAUAUUUAAUUGAUCUUGAAGUGUACUGA